UCACCGUUGCCCUUAUUGACUCUCCAUUUUUUCUUCCUCUCUCCCCUUCUCUCCUUUUAUCGAGUUAAUUUUAAAGAGCUAUGAGGGUCAUUCUGCUAUCUCAUUUUUCAUCCGGAACACUAGUUUUUCGGUGAUCUUGGUGUGCUCUGCGUAUGUAGAUUAUACACACUCAGAAGUUCCAGCAAACCGUGAUGAACAAAUCCCCCAAAUUUGGACAUUGAUAGGGUUGUUUUUCUUGGUCGGCAGGUUACUAUCAUGUCUUGUUUAACGGCAAGAACAGGGCGGCAGAGACAGCGCUACGACGGUCAUUUGAGGCUUGUUUCAGGGUGUAUUCCUUAUAAGUUUGAAAAGAUUGCUGGCGGUUGCAAUGGCAAUAUAGAGCAAAAAUUGCUUGUUCUCAUGAUUUCUUCACCAAAUCGGGAUGAUCUUGUGUUUCCAAAGGGUGGAUGGGAGGAUGACGAAACCAUGAGGGAAGCUGCCUGUCGCGAGGCCUUGGAGGAAGCAGGAGUGAAGGGAGUUCUUCGUGAUAAUCCACUGGGAGUUUGGGAGUUUAGAAGCAAGAGCAAACAGAACAGCUGCAAUCUGCAAGGAGGUUGUAAAGGUUUCAUGUUUGCAAUGGAGGUGACUGAGGAGCUUGAUUCCUGGCCCGAGCAGGCUAACUAUGGAAGGAAAUGGCUCACCGUAGAAGAAGCAUUCAGAUUCUGUCGUUAUGACUGGAUGCGAGAAGCGCUAGGAAAACUUUUGACAACCCUAUCAGAAAGCAGGGAGAAUAACACAAGAAAUGAACUGGAAGAACUUCCUUUGAGGCCAAUCUCCGAAAUUGGAUCAGAACAUCCAAUGUCCUCAUCACCGGUGUGCUUUGCUAAUCAUUCCAGUAUCCACAGCUUGCAGCUUAAAAAUUUAACCAGAAAAAUGAACUGUACAGGAUUGAUCAAUGAUCACAGGUCAUGUAAAAAUCCCUUGUUCUGAAAUUGUUGUAUUUUUUAUAGUAAUUAUGUUUAUUUUUAAGUAAGUUUGUUCAGAUCUUCUCAUUUGUACAAACCUGUAAUCAAAUCAAGGGUUGAGAACCCUUAUAUUA